AUGGUCUUUACUGACUCUAUGGGCCGAGCCCAUAGAGCGGUCGACCCCGAGGUGCACUCUGGUCAGGCUUUUAGCCUGGCAGUUUGUUGCGCUCUCCAAGAGUGGUUCGAGGCAGAUGACCUCCGCCGCAUCACCUUCGUUUACGUCCCAUCUGCUCUGCGGUGGGAUAUCCAUGGUGAGGCACACAAGUACGUCACCGAACUCAAAGUCAGGGUUGGACGUCGCAGGACGGACAACUCUAUAGACGCGCUACGCUCUCGAGCGGCGCACUCAGUCCUGGAUUCAUGGAAUUCCACCUUCCAGGAUCCAACUUACCGAGGCUCUGAAUUCUUAGAGCUCCAACAGCUGGACAGGCGGCUGCUACAGCCAUCAUACCUCAAUGGGGGACCUUGGCUUUCAACCUUUGGACACAGUAUCACUGAGUUCGCUCGCGUUUGCCGGUGUAUAACUGGCCACGCGCCCAUUGGAGCGUAUUACCAUCGCUUCAAGAUCAACGAGCCUCAUGGCUGCACUUGUGGGGCUGCUUUGCAGUCUCGCCAGCAUAUUCUCUUUCGCUGUCACGAUCACUACUCCGUGCAUUACCCCCGCUUUCUUGGGGAUAUUGCAUCUUUUAUGAAGUACAACCCCACGGUGUUUGGCUUCACCUGGGACCCUUCAGGUGUUGGAUAA